UUGCCUGCCUUGGGCAACACUUGGCCAAGCAGCCCUCACUUGCAACAGGUGAUCUCAGAUGACAUAGCUGCAGCUUCGUCCCAGGUGUCAGCAAGCAGGAGCAUCUCCACCUCUCAAAAUAUCUCCUUCCCGUGCCCUUGGAGAGAUGCAAUGGAGUCCAUGAGGAACCAGGCCCAGACAGCCUUGACCCUGGUGGAGCAGAUCCUGGCAGAGUUCCAACUGCAGGAGGAAGACCUGAAGAAGGUGAUGAGACGGAUGCAGAAGGAGAUGGACCGGGGCCUGAGGCUGGAAACCCACGAAGAGGCCAGUGUGAAGAUGCUGCCCACCUACGUGCGUUCCACCCCAGAAGGCUCAGAAGUUGGAGACUUCCUCUCCCUGGACCUGGGCGGCACCAACUUCAGGGUGAUGCUGGUGAAGGUGGGGGAGGGUGAGGCAGGGCAGUGGAGUGUGAAGACCAAACAUCAGAUGUACUCCAUCCCCGAGGACGCCAUGACAGGCACUGCAGAGAUGCUCUUUGAUUAUAUCUCUGAGUGCAUCUCCGACUUCCUGGACAAGCAUCAAAUGAAGCACAAGAAACUACCCCUGGGCUUCACUUUCUCCUUCCCUGUGAGGCACGAAGACAUUGACAAGGGCAUCCUUCUCAACUGGACCAAGGGCUUCAAGGCCUCCGGAGCAGAAGGGAACAACAUUGUAGGGCUUCUGCGAGAUGCCAUCAAGAGGAGAGGGGACUUUGAGAUGGAUGUGGUGGCAAUGGUGAAUGACACUGUGGCCACAAUGAUCUCCUGCUACUAUGAAGACCGCCAGUGUGAGGUCGGCAUGAUUGUGGGUACAGGCUGCAAUGCCUGCUACAUGGAGGAGAUGCAGAACGUGGAGCUGGUAGAAGGGGAUGAGGGUCGCAUGUGUGUCAACACCGAGUGGGGUGCCUUCGGGGACUCAGGUGAACUGGACGAGUUCCUGCUGGAGUAUGACCGCAUGGUGGAUGAGAGCUCUGCGAACCCCGGUCAGCAGCUGUAUGAAAAACUCAUUGGUGGGAAGUACAUGGGUGAGUUGGUGCGGCUUGUGCUUCUCAAGCUAGUAGACGAGAACCUGCUGUUCCACGGGGAGGCCUCGGAGCAACUACGCACGCGCGGCGCUUUUGAGACGCGCUUCGUAUCGCAGGUGGAGAGCGACUCGGGUGACCGCAAGCAGAUCCACAACAUCCUGAGCACACUGGGGCUGCGGCCGUCGGCCACAGACUGCGACAUCGUGCGCCGCGCCUGCGAGAGUGUGUCCACGCGAGCAGCGCACAUGUGUUCAGCAGGGCUGGCGGGCGUUAUCAACCGCAUGCGCGAGAGCCGCAGCGAGGACGUGAUGAGAAUCACCGUGGGUGUGGAUGGCUCUGUGUACAAGUUACACCCCAGCUUCAAGGAGCGGUUCCACGCCAGUGUAAGAAGGCUGACGCCCAGCUGUGAGAUCACUUUCAUCCAGAGUGAAGAGGGUAGCGGCCGAGGGGCGGCCUUGGUUUCGGCAGUGGCCUGUAAGAAAGCCUGCAUGAUGGGCCAGUGAGAUCCAGUCUGCAAGGGCCGAACCUGGACUCCAUGGUGACUGCGCUCCCUGUAGUUGCUCCUAGCUCUCCAGGGCGGGAGGCUGCCUAUCCUGCUGCUAACUCUGGAAGAUGGGGAGAGGCCACUGGAGCCUAUGAGGCCCCUUGGCCUCUUCUCCAGAAGUCGGUGGGACAACCCCAGAGCCCUGGGGUAAGGGGCUGAGAGGAGCAGAAACAGAGACUCCAAAGCCCCUGGCCCUAACUUCUGAAAUCAGCUACUCAGAAGUAGUUGCUCACUCAGGACUUUGUUGCAUUUACACACUGCCUGCUUCUCAGAGCUGCCAGCCUGGCCUGGGCUUUGGGAAGGGAGUGCCCUUGGGAACCUGCUGUGGCCUGGCUUCCCUGGAAACUCACCCUGCAUAUGGGUGUGGGGGCAGCUGCAGCAGCUUGGCCAGACCAGACCUGGGCCCACAGGAGAGAGGGGGUUGCUGAUCAUCCAGACCUCACAGUUUUCUUGCAAUGUGACUCAAGAGGUUGAAGAGCCAUACAAGAAUGCCCAGCUGUGGGGAGGGGACUUCCCAGUCUGCAGGUGACCCCAAGAGGCCUUUUUCUUCACACACACACACUCACACACACACACACACACACACACACACACACACACCUCUGAAUGACUUGUGGUUCUGGGAUAGGCCCUUAUAGGAGCUGACAGAGACAGAACCCCCAAGCCCCUGCCCCAGGAGUCCCAUAAAAGGGAGGAGGCAUCAUCAGGAGUCCUCCAGCCUACUCCCAGAGGCAGGAUGGUGUCUUCAGCUCUCAGGGCACUGGUCCAGGAAGAAACCCCAGCAGCAUUCCAAGGAACCACCUCAGCCCUCUCUCUCAUCCUCAUCAGAUCUCCCAUGUGUCACAUCACCCUCUCCAUGCCCAACCUGGGACUGUGUGGAAUUUUUAAUUAAAAACUUUGAAAAGG